AUGAGAACAACGCCCGAAGCUGCCGGAGCUGGCUUUCCCAACGAUGGCCUCCGUAUUGUUGUUCUCGACCACUCUGUCUCUUCUACUUCGCAUAAAGUAGUUAAUCGUCCGUCUAUGAUGUCGUGCUCAACGUCGACGAACACCGUGAAGAUAGAUACCUCCGAGGGAUUUGAACUAUCUGCACAUCGACCGUGUUGGGAAUACGAGGAGUGGGAAUUAUCCGGCUUUAACCAAGACAUGUUGUCGAAGCUCGUGUUUGGUUCCGCCCCGUCGAUUGAUGAAGGCCAAGAAGCCAUUUCCGAGGUCAAAGACGUUCUUGACAAGGCUUAUUAUAUGUCUUCACCCAUGUCGCCACAUUUUGACGAAUGGGAUUCCAAACCAUUGCUCGGAAGUGAGAAGGUUAUUGUUUCGUCGACUCCAAACCAUGCAAUGCAAGCAUUCAAGCUUUUGAAUGAAAACCCUGUGGUUCAGAAUGUUGUUGCUUCCAUCGCAUGCGAUCCCAAUGUGUGGAAUGCAAUGAUGCUUAAUCCUGCUGUUCAUGAGUAUAUACAGUCACAAAAUACUGCUGCUUUUAAUGUUGAUGAUCAAUGUUAA